AUGACAAGCGUCACAUCCCUUUCCCUUACCUGGCCGUCAGAGGCGCAAGGUGCUCAUUCAUCAACUAGACACCGACACUCCCGCGUAUCUGGACAACUGGAGGACGAAGCCACCCUAGAUGAGAUGACAAGCGUUACGUCCCUUUCCCUUCCCUGGCCGUCAAUGACGCAAGGUGCACCUUCAUCAACUAGAGACCGACACUCCCGCGUAUCUGGACAACUGGAGGCUGAAGCCAACUUAGAGGAGAUGACAAGCGUCACGUGCCUUUCCUUUCCCUGGCCGUCAAUGACGCAAGGUGCUCCUUCAGCAACUAGAGCCCGACGCUCACGCGUACCUGGACAACUGGGGGAUGAAGCCACCCGAGAGGAGAUGACGACCGCCCCGUCCCUUUCCGGGCCGCCAACAAAUCAAAGUGUGUCUUCGUCAACUAGAGCCCAAUGCUCCGGUAUCAAUGGACAACUUGAAGAUGAAGCCACCCGAGAAGAUAUGACGACCACCCCGUCCGUUGCCCUCACCUGGCCGUUAACAACUAAAGGUGUGCUUCUAUCUAUGAGGGUCUGCCGAUCUGUCGUCUGUGGAUCCCUGGCAGAUGGAGCUUUCUACACAGAUGUAGAAAGCUCCUCUAUCCUUUCCGAAUCCUGGUCGGCAUGUGAGGAUGUGUCCGUUCGUUCGGCAUUUCACUUCGUACCAUCAGCUCAAUUUCGAAGCGCUUCACCAGUUGUGUCCUGCGUUGCAUCAUCGGUCGUCUACGACCCUUCAUCAACCCCCGUACUUGAUCUUGCAGAAUGUACAUGUCUUCUGAGACUAGAAGAAACGUGCCAGUUCAGCCCAGACGUACAACAACUGGAUAAUGUCCGGCUCACCAGCGCUACUACGGUUCUUUACAAGGCCAAUUUUGUUCAAGUACAGCUAUGUGAGCCAAUAUUAGGUAUUUCUCUGCUACGAGGCCAAUCUCGUAGCACCUCUUUGACUUCGGUCUGUGCGGAUAUCUCCUAUGCCUGUGCUUCUGCUGAGGACAGUUCGUCCACUUCGGCAGUUUGCAGUAACCUUGGGCAAUGUUCCUUCGGAUGGCAAGCUUCUACGGAAGAACUUGGAAGAGAGAGAAUCCAGGAUGUGCAAGCCGCUGGAGAUCACGUCGGGACGAUGCGGCCCUUAAAUGGCAUUGUCGAAGGCGCACAUCUGGGGAAGUCCGUUGCACCAUCCAAAGUAAGUCAUACUGCGUAA